AUGGGGCUGACUGAAGUGCUUCACAGAAAAGCUUAUAUGUGCAUUGUUCCAGUGAUAGAGAAAUUAUUGGUGCAUUAUCCUCUUUUCUCCUCCAUCCCUCUCCCUCUUUCUACUUUUAUUUAUUUCCCCAUUCCCACCCCUGUUGCCCCACUUGCAGGCAAGAAACUUGGCUUCACAAUUGACUGUGGGAAACUUCAUAAUAUCUCUUUAGGACAAGGGCAAGAGAUUGUGGCAGAGAAGGCAAUAGAAAAAGCUGCCAAAGAUGGGCACUGGGUUAUUCUCCAGAACAUACAUCUUGUUGUGAAAUGGCUGGGGACCUUAGAGGAACUGGUGGGCAAAUACAGUAAAGGAAGUCACCCUGACUAUCGCCUUUUUGUCAGUGCUGAACCUGCUCCAACUCCUGAAGAACACAUUAUACCUCAAGGAAUAUUAGAAAACUCUAUUAAACUUAUUAAUGAACCUCCUACAGGAAUGCUGGCUAACCUUCAUGCUGCUCUCUACAAUUUUGACCAGGAUACACUUGAAUUGUGUACACGAGAACAGGAGUUUAAAAGUAUUUUCUUUUCUCUCUGCUACUUUCACACCUGUGUUGCUGGGAGACUCAAAUUUGGACCUCAAGGAUGGAAUCGAAGAUACCCUUUUAACCUGGGAGACCUCACCAUCUGUGUUAAUGUGCUCUACAAUUAUUUAGAAGCAAACACUAAAGUUCCUUGGGAAGAUUUGCGCUAUCUCUUUGGUGAGAUUAUGUAUGGUGGACACAUCACUGAUGACUGGGAUCGCAGACUGUGCCACACGUAUUUGGAAGAAUUUAUGAGCCCUUCACUGCUUGAAGGCGACUUUGCUUUGGCUCCUGGUUUCCUAUCUCCUCCCAAUUUGGAUUAUAUUGGCUACCACAAAUAUAUUGAUGAAAUGCUGCCCCUUGAAAGCCCUGCACUGUAUGGCCUCCAUCCUAAUGCUGAGAUAGGUUUCUUAACGGUGCUGUCUGAUAACCUAUUCAAAACUCUGCUGGAAAUGCAGCCCAGAAAUCUGCUUGCUGGAGAAAUUAUAGGACAGUCAGCAGAAGAAAAGGUGAAGAAUGUUCUGGAUGAAAUUUUGGAGAAGCUGCCAGAAGAAUUUAACUUGGCUGAAAUAAUGCAAAAGUCUGCUGUACGAAGCCCGUAUAUUCUUGUGUGUUUUCAAGAAUGUGAGAGGAUGAAUAUUCUCAUUAGAGAGAUACGACGAUCAAUUAAACAGUUAGACCUUGGAUUAAAAGGUGAGCUAACAUUUUCAUCUAGCAUGGAAACCUUACAGUCAUCGCUGUUUUAUGACCUGGUACCAGAUGCAUGGAGCAGUCUGGCUUAUCCAUCUACUUACAGUCUUGCACAAUGGUUUAAUGACCUCCUUUUACGAUGCCGAGAACUUGAUACCUGGACACAAGAUCUUGUACUUCCUGCAGUAGUGUGGCUUCCAGGUUUCUUUAAUCCUCAGUCUUUUUUGACUGCCAUUAUGCAAACUACGGCACGGAAAAACAACUGGUCUCUGGAUAAGAUGUGUCUGACUACCGAUGUCACCAAAAAGAGUAGAGAAGAUUAUGGUCAUCCACCAAGGGAAGGUGCAUAUAUUUUUGGGCUUUAUAUGGAAGGAGCAAGAUGGGACACUCAAGCAGGAGUUGUAGCUGAAGCUCGACUGAAGGACUUGACUCCAAUGCUGCCAGUCAUCUUUGCAAGAGCAGUUCCAGUAGAGAAGCAAGAAACCAAGCAUAUUUACAAAUGUCCAGUUUAUAAAACUAAAGUUAGAGGGCCCACCUACAUAUGGACUUUUAAUUUAAAAACUAAAGAAAAGCCGGCCAAGUGGGUCCUUGCAGGGGUAGCUUUACUUCUGGAAGUUUAGCCAUAUACUUGCAGGCACAAGUCUUUGCUACUUAAGCCAAGGUAGAAUAGUCCACAUAUUACAUCAUGUAUAUUUCUGUUUGGAAUUAUCACAAGCAACCCUCAAAAUAAUGCUUCUAUUUAUGCUUAUUUAAUGCACAAGCUGUAUUUACUUUACUGCAUAUAAAAACAGUACGCACAUACAAGUGAACGUACCAAAUAAUUAAGUCACUGAAUCACGUAUGUUAUAUAUGUAGAAUGCAGAUGAUCCUUUGAUUAUUUUCCCCCUCUUUCACAUAAAGGAAUAACAUCUCAAAUGUCCAUAAACUGCAUGUGUGGUCUCAACCCAGAUCAAGCUCAGAUAUACGCUGUUAGACCAAUCUAAGUUAUUUUUAAAAAGACACUUGUAUGUUAUAUGUAUAACACAGCAUGUAGCCUGGCCCUAAACAAAAACUCAAAAUAUCUUAAUUAUAGCCAGAGACUAAAAUAUGUUUUUCUUCUUUUAAAAAUAGUAGGACUACUUUAUCUGGAUUGCAAAAAUCCAGACAACUCCUGUAUGGUAGCAAAAACAUAUAGAACUUAACUCUGUUGUCAUCUUCUGUAUUUUCGCAGCCCAUGGUUACCAUAAAAAAUAGACCCACUAUUAAGAAAUCUUCUUCCAUUUAACAUUAGUAUAAAAAAUGAAAAUAAACUUGGGUUAAACGAUCCAGUGCCUAAACUAGUUGUUUGUUGCCCUAAUUAAUUUGCUAAGAGAAUUAGCAUAUUGAAUAUGAAAACAAACGGUCAAACAAUGAUGAAUGUGCAAAGACUUCCAUACUUUUCUUGCUAUUUAUGUAAAAUAUUAACAAGUCAUAAACACUAAUUUCUGAAUGUCAAGAUACAUACCAAUGUUAUUGGUCAAUGACCGAAAUGAAGUUUCUGUCUGUCUGUCUACCAAUGUUAUCCUUAUUUCACCUCAAGUAUCUAGCCUUUCUUUCACAAGGACACAUAAAUGGCAGCUUAAAAUGGUGUCAAAUCAGUGGUGAAAACUUAUAUUACAUCAUGCUUCUGCAAAACACAAUAUGACUGGGCUAUUUCUACUUUGAAUAUAAACUCCUUCAGUAUGCAUAAAGUGCAGUCUUAGAUGAUGAAAUGGAAAGAAACUGAGGGGAAAUUUGCCUUAUUCUUUGCAUCCAAAGAAACAUAAACCUAUCUUUUGUCAUUCUUUACAAAGCAUCGUGCUCUUCACUUUACUACAUAUUAGCAGAAGACAAAACUGAUAAAAAUAUUCCAGAUUAAGAUUCAUUCCUUUCCCUGUGAAGCUUUUGGCCAUGA